AUGGACCGGCCCCCAUUUAGUCCUGGUGAAGAUAUGCAGUAUGAAGCGCUGAGGGUCAAGUCGUUUCAAAACUGGCCUGUAACCGCACCUGUGGGAGCAACGCGUCUUGCCCGAGCAGGAUUUUAUUAUUCUGGGGAGGGUGACAAGGUCAUUUGUUUCUCUUGCAAUGGACGUUUGCAGAGCUGGCAACCGGGAGACAACCCAGAGUUAGAACACAAGAGGCAUUUUCCGACAUGCGAUUAUAUCAAUGGACUGAGCAACAGUAAUGUACCUAUAUUAUCAACACCUUCUCCCAGACCUGAAGAGGAUCAUGCUAAAUGUGAAUCUAGAAGCGAUUCUUACUACCGCCAAGGCACGUGGGCAAGAUUAGAGACGUUUGUCAAUUGGCCAAAUAGCGACAUACACCCGCAGGCUGUGGCAGAAGCAGGGUUUGUAUUCACUGGAAGAACAGACAUGGUGCGCUGCGUGUUUUGCCAAGGGAAGAUGUGCAACUUUGAAACCGGGGAAGACCCAAUGGCUGAACACCGCCGACACUUUCCACUUUGCAGUUUUGUCAACCAGUCAAACUUGCAAGAAACCCUGCUGGCGCCUUCAGAGGAGAGCCCCAUAGUGUUUGAAAGGCCAAAGAACCAACACUUUGCCUUUAAAAUGUUCAGAAUUGGGUCCUUUACCAACUGGCCCAGAGGCAAGUCCCAGACUCCUGCAGAACUGGCACACGCUGGAUUCUUUUAUGCAGGCUACGAUGAUAAAGUUAAGUGUUUUUUCUGCAAUGGAGAGUUAGGUAAUUGGGCACAAGGAGAUGAUCCAUGGGUAGAACAUGCACGUUGGUUUCCUAAAUGCGGGUUUGUCAAACAAUGUAAAGGCGUGGACUUCAUUAGGGAUAUCCAAGGGAAAGGAAAAUCAUCGCCUACCAAGGAAACGACCAUGGAAUCUACCAUGAAGUCACCUGCAGUUCGCUCAGUUCUAGGAAUGGGUCCAGAACCUCCCAACGCUGAAAUCAUAAUAGACGAAAUAUUUGCCCUAGAAGAAAAUCACGCUAAUAGAAAAGAAGAUAAUCAAAGCUCUGAUUCCGAGAACUCAGAGGGAAGUGAUUACGAGACUGACGAUAGUGAUGACGAAAUAUCAGACUUGAAAAAUGGUUCAAGCCUUCGCGAGAGCAAGCGGGUGCUCAGAAAGGACGAGGGUGCAUAG